AUGGCCAGGGCUGAACAGGUAGCUCAACAAGUCCGCAUUGAUCAGCGUAUCUUGGAGGAUGUCACGAUUCACCUGGGAAUAGUAACCUGGAUUCAUCACUACUGCACCGUACUUUCACAUGACAAUGAAUAUCAGACCCUGGAUCCGACAAGUACAAUGAACCACUCCUUGCCCGAGCGUGAUGCCUACUAUCGGACUACUACCCAGCACUUAAACAAUGAGAUGAUGCAUCCUGUGGUGAUGAGUCCGGAGGAAGGUGAAUACCAUCGAAUGCUCGUGACAAGCGCUGGCGAUAUGGAGACCAGAUUCCAGCCAAUAACCGUAUUUGCCUCACAAGGUCAACUGAAUGUUGACCAGACCAGUCCCAAAAGUCUUGACCUGGAGAAACACUUCCACAGCGAGUCAGAUGAGGGCCUGAAUCCGGUCCAGCCCUGUCCAACCUCCAAGUCCAUCAAGGCACGAACUCUCAACUUUCCCAAAGCAACCUUUGUAUGA